AUGAAGGCAGACCAGUUACAGGGUUGCUACGAUUUCAUCAUAGUCGGAGCGGGAUCGGCAGGAUGCCGGUUGGCGGAAAAGCUUUCGUCGCACGCUGAUCUGGAAGUCUUGCUGUUGGAAGCCGGGAAGAGCCCUCCGGAUUUCACGGCUAUACCUUUGAUGACGAGACUGUCUUUCGAGACAGACGUUGUUUGGAGAUACCGGGUGGAACCAAUGGAAAAUGCUUUUAAAAACAAGGCGGGCCAGCCUCAAUCGUUCAUCGGCGGAAGAGUUCUCGGUGGCGGGAGCACCAUCAAUCUGAUGAACUACGAACGAGGGGAUCUCACAGACUACGAUCGAUGGGAGAGCGAAUUUGGUGCAACUGGUUGGAAUGGUCGGUCAAUGUUCGACUCCUUCAUACGAGAUGAAAACAAUUUGGACUACAGUAUAUCUGGUAAAGACCACGGCAGGAAAGGGGACCUGAAAGUCUCAUCAUCCUAUGACACAAACAUCCUGAAAGCUUUCUUCAGUGCUGCUCAACAGCAGGGUUACGAGGUUCGGGACACAGGCAAUGGCUCAACCGAAGGCGUGUACCGUAUGCAGGCGACCAUAGACGAAAACGGACGCCGAUCCUCGUCGUACACUGCAUUCAUCGAGAAGCACUGGGGUCGACGAAAGAAUCUUCACAUACUCACGCAAGCGAUCGCAACUCGAGUCCUCUUUGUCCGCGGAGAAACGAAUGAAACCGUAGCGAAAGGUUUGGAGCUUCUUCACGACAAUCGAUCGAGGAGGGUUUGCGCGCGGAAGGAGAUCAUCCUGUCGGCCGGUGCUAUUGAAACCCCUCACCUCCUCAUGGUCAGCGGCAUCGGACCGAAGGAGCACCUCGAACAAAUGGAGAUCAAAGUUCUCGCCGACCUUCCAGUUGGACGGAAUCUCCAAAAUCACGUAGCUGUGGGAGGUAUUGAAGCCAUUAUCAACUCGACGUCGAGUUACGAGAUCCCAAGCCUUAACGAUCUACGUUCUCUCAGAGAAUGGUACAAAUUCGGUCAGGGCCCCUUCACCUCUCCGUUCGGAACACAUCUCGGAGUGGGAUUUUUCAAAAUGAACAAAAGUGAUACGACUCCGGACAUUGAAAUUAUGUUGCAAGGUGUCAGCGACGAUACACCGUGUGACUCACAGCAAACGACGCGAUUCAACGCAACUUUCAGCUCUCUCGCUAUUUUGAUGCAUCCGAAAUCGAGAGGAUCCGUCGAGCUGCGGAGUAGGGACGCUCUCAGUCCUCCCCGUCUCAGACUGAACUAUUUCGAUCACGAGGACGAUCUAGAAAUUCUGGCACAGGGAGCGAAGUUUUCAUACGACCUCCUCCUUUCGGAGGCGUUCCGGUCCAUCGGAGUGACACCGAAGCAGCCAGUGCUCGAAGAUUGCGCAGAUAAGGAAUUCAACUCAUUGGAGUACUGGAAGUGUGCUGUCGCGAUUAACACGGUGUCUAUGGGACACCCGGUGGGAACGUGUCGGAUGGGCUCCGCAAGUCGCCAAGACACCGUCGUAGACCCCGACCUGAGGGUGAAGAAUGUUAAGAACCUGAGGAUUGCUGACUGCUCGAUCAUGCCAACAUUGAACACCGGACACACGAACGCGCCAGCUAUCGCGAUCGGGGCCCGAGCGGGGGAUAUAAUUUUAAGGGAUUACAAAUGA